AACUUUGACAGGCUUCGCUUGAUAGUGCACGUAGUUGUGAACACGGCCGCUCACAGAAAGUAAAGUUUGUUGUUCUCGUAACUCAACGUGCAGCGGCACUCAGGUCUCAGCAGUGUCGCUCCGCUGCGCGCCCCGACCGGCCGCCAUGACGCGCUGACCUGUAUUCCACAAACUUGUGACAACUGACAACAAACUUGUAAAACAUGUUGUGUUUUACCUGGAGAUAUGUCUUCGCCAGCACGCUGCUAGCCACGGCGCUUGCGCAGAACACGGAAAGCAGUGGUGACUUCACACCAGUAGUUAGUGCAACAUGUAAGACUGGUGUAAUGUCGAUAAGGAUCAACUUCAGCCAGCCGUUCAAUGGAGUGACGCAUGCUCGAGAAUUCAGAAAGCCGGCUUGCAUGACACUGGGUAAUGGAACCGAUUCUGUAACUUUUGACAUUAACCUCAUGGCUGCGCCAGGUUCACCGGAUUAUUGUGGAAUAUUCUGGAACAAUCGCACAGACGAACGAUCUUUGCCUCUGGCUGUUCGCGUGCACCGAACACUCGAGCUUGCAGACGACAAGUUCUAUGUCAUCACGUGUGGCAAGGCCGGAUUCAGAAACGCGAGAAACGAAACGUCAUUGGUAUCUCUACGAAUGUUGAAUGCCGAAGGACGGAAGGUGUUGAAUGCUGCCUUUGGAAUGCCUUACACUCUCCGCGCAGAAAUAACCAAGUCUGAUGGUGCUCAUGGAAUACGCAUGAGGAAUUGCUUUGCUUUCAAUAUGCGCAACAAUUCUGUGUAUCUAUUGGAUAAACGAGGAUGCCCUUUAAAAGAGCAAUCAGUGACGGUAAAAUUGGAAAAUGGCGCCGUGGAAUUAGCGAUAGCAUCCAUGUUUCGUUUCCCAGAUUCAUCGCAAGUCAAUUUUCAGUGUGACAUCGGCAUUUGUAAAGGCAGCUGUCAAGCUAUAGAUUGUACGACAGACGGACGCACGGAGCCGGCGGACGAAGAAGGGUCCGUCACUACCUCAACUGGGAUAUUCGUGCUUGAUCCCAACGACAGUGCUGUUGCAGCAUUGGCGUGCUCGGAGAGCGGUAUCCGGCCGCUUUGGCUUCUAUACUUAGCGAUCGCAUUGGGAGUCAUGUUCCUUGUGAUGUUGCUCAUCAACUGCUUCCUCUGCACCGCCAUGACUUGUUCCUGUGCAAGGACUGACGUGAUAGAGAAGGACCCAUCUGUGGUGGAAGACUAUGACCCUUACCGCAGUUGGCACGGCAGUCAGUACGGCAGCAGGUACCCAUCCUCCACUAUACACUCUGCGAGGUCAGUAUCGGACAACAGCGACCAUUACGCCAUAGUUCAAUCGAGGCCGGGGAGUCGUCACUCCGGCAUGCAUCGAAAUAGGCAUUGAUUAAACGCGAUCGAAGAGAUUACUUGGUGACGCUUCAUAUUGAAAAUUGUGUCAGUGUGAAGGAACGUGAUAUAAUGAGUAAUGUAUAUAGUACUUUAACGUAAAUAUUACACAUCGCUGAGUAUACCUAAUAGGAACAUAAGGACUACCCAUAAAUGGCAAGAUGUCUUAAAUCGAUAUAAAUUUAAUUUUUAGGUUUAUAAUUAUUCUUGAAUAUUUUUGAAAUGUUAAAGAUUGAAUCAGAUUUUUUAAUAAAUAAACAGAUUAUAUCGCAUAAUUCGAUCUUAAUGAUAGUAUACCCGUGCCAUUUUAUAUCCAUAUGUAUCAAUUUGAUUCUGAAUCUGAUAUAGAUCUGAAUUAAAUUAAGUGAGAAGUUUAUUAUUUUAUUUGUCAACUCUUAGUUUUUUUUAAUGUAAUACAAUAUGUUGGGGUGACACCGGAUCGGGAAAAUACUAAACUUGAUAUUUUUGUCGCUCACUAAUAAUAGUAGAACGUCAUUUUGAAGUGUACCGCAAUUCAGUGCCAAGGAACAAUACACUACUGCCUAACUUACGAAAGAAUUGAGAUAAUCUUCAUUAGGUAUAUAGAGUUUGUCACUGAAAAGAUCGGAUUUUCCUUUCGUACAAGCCUUAUAUUUUUAAAUGUUUUAUCUUCAUCCUGAGUCUAAAGUUUCCCUGGUAUAAAAAAUACCAAUAAUAACUUUAAAUUUACUUUAAUCAACAGCCGCUGGUAAAAUUAAUAUCAUCCGCAAUUCCAUGAACAUAUCCCAAAUCGAUGUACACAACCGAAAACUAUCCGAACUUACCCCAACGUACUGUACUUGAAGAAUGCAACGAAUCGGUGCCGUAGUUUAGGAAAUUAGUAAAUAAUACGUAAAGCAAUGACGUACGUAGAAAUAAUUUUAAUAUGUUGUCAUUAACUAAACGGCUCUUUUAUUUGCAAGAAUAUGUUUAAGAUUAUUACAUAUGUAUUGGUCUUCAUUUGCUCAACAAUGCUUCCAUACUUUGGAACAAAUUUAUAUUAUUUAUAUUUUAUAUAAAAAAAAUGUUUAAGUAUAUUAUGAAUUAAGUGCACAUUUGAAGUUCGUUCCAAAGAACAUGUGUUUGAAAACGAGUUAAUAAACUUGCAGUAAAAGAUAAAAUGUAAGCGUAAGUAAAUUAUAAAAAUGAAAAAUAUGCAAAUGAUUUUCAGUAACUUGAAGUGGUAAUUGUUGAGCUAUUAUAAAUAAUUACUUAUUUUAGAAAAAAAAGCUUGCUUUCGUUGCAGAAGUGUUUAAUUUUGUGAGAGACUUUCCACGAAAUAAUUGCUUUGCAGUUCAGCUAUCCUGUAAGAAAGUUUGAAAGUCUGCACUAAACACGAUCAUGAAAAGCCACAAAGUCAUAUACAACAUUCUAUAAAAAUAUAACAUUUAAAAUAUAUCACCUUGGUUUUCAAGUGAUAUUUUACAAAACAGCACUGCCGGUAUGAAAGAAAAAUAAAUUGAACUGCCUCAGUUGGUGCUAUGAAAAUAUUUACUCGGUGUAAAUAACAGAAACGAAAUAUUUAAAUACGAAUGUAAUGUAUAUACAUUUAAGAUAUUUCACCAGAAUUACGUAUUAACGCACAAUUUGUUACUAUUAAUAAAUGUUCACAAUUUUAAAUUAAAUAAAAGAAGACAUAAUUUGUGCACUUAUUGUAAGCCACAUCAUUACAGUGUAUUUAGGAUAUAUAAUUAACAGUAUUAACGUUUUAAUAAUUUUGUUAACCAGUGUAUUGAACGAACACAUAGGAGCGUAACAUUAUGUGACUUUGAUAUUAAUAUAACGAGUAAUGAGUAUUGUUUCAAUUAUAAUUCGAAGUUACGUAACAUUUAAUCGUUUAAAAUGUGACGUAGGUAUCUAAGCACCUCUAAAGUUUAGACAGAUAUUGCUUUAAUUUUUAAUUUCACAUAUAAAACAUUACGAGACAUUUUUUUAUUUCAUAACUUGCUAUAAAUUUUUCUCUACUGCUUCCAGCUUAAAUUUUAUCCGUCCAUAGUUUAUAUAAAUGUAUUAUAUUAUGUUAUAGGUAUAUUUAGAUUGAUAUAAGUAAAAUGUGAAAUAAACAAAUUUUAACAAAAACAUA